AUGGGCUUGGGAUAUAUUACUUGGCUUUGGCACAGGCUAUCAAUCGGCGUUUAUAGCCGAUUCUGUAGAGUAAGCGUUGGCUCUGAGGGGAAGCUCUUGGGAAGAGCCCUUGGCGGCUUUUCUUCGACAACCGUCGCACGGGACGGCUUUAGAGUGCAUAUAAUGGGCAAGAAGCCGCAUGACAGCCCAAAAAAAGUGGGUCACGUGAUCGAUCGCAAGCUCAACUUUGUAAAUACCUAUCGCUCUUCUUUCAAACCAUCGUCCUGCACACUCUUCUUGGCAGCGUGGAAAGUCGCCGUUUUUCCCCUCGCCAAAUCAACCAUGGCGGACUUUGGUGAAUACCCGCCUAAUAUGGCGCCCCAGGAUGCACUGGUCGUGCGAGAGCAAGCCGGACCUGACCACGCCGUGGUGAAAUAUUCCGCCGAGGACAUCUCCAGGCCUAAAGCUGGCCCAGUAAAUCCCUUCAAGGAGGUAACGACGGCUGUUGCGAAGCGCAAGAAAGUCCUGACCGGCACAGCGGAGGAGACGUUUAUCUCCGAGCACACCUUCCGCAGCAAACAUAGGGCGAUUGAGCGACGAGGCGGCCCGGAGCGCGAGUACCAGACAGUAGCCCAGCGCAAGCAGGCAGAUGCCCAAGUACGCGCCUCGCGCGAGAGCAAAGGCAGCGCAACAAUAGCCGAAGGCCCAGGAAGCUAUGUCGGUCCCUGGGCGCGGUACAAACAGACCGAAUACGAAGUCGUCGACGAGAAUGAGCCGCUGGCGAGCGACGAAGAGUACGAGAUUGUCGAGGAGGAGGAACAAGAGGACGUGGUGGAGAGCGGCACAGUCCUAAAGGCUCCCGAGGUUUCCAUUGCGCGGCGCAAGGUCGCCGAGGAAUUGGGCGACGAAACAACAACGUUCAACGGCACGCAGGAGCACGACUACCAGGGCCGGACGUACAUGCACGUGCCGCAAGAUCUGGACAUUGACUUGCGCAAGGAGGCCGGCAGCACCACCAACUUUAUCCCGAAGAAGCAGGUGCACGUCUGGCGGGACCACGGCGGCGCUGUUACGGCGCUGCGCUUCAUCCCGGCGUCGGGCCACCUGCUGCUGUCGGGCGGCGCGGACACGACGGUGCGCAUUCGCGACAUGUACCACGACCGGGAGCUGCUGCGCACGUACGCGGGGCAUAGCAAGGCGAUUUCCAGUCUCAGCUUCAACCGCGACGGCACGCAAUUCCUGUCGGCGUCGUACGACCGCAUGAUGAAGCUCUGGGACACGGAAACGGGUGCGUGCCUGGGCAAAUUUACGACGGGCAAGACACCGCACGUGGUCGAGUUCAACCCGGACCCGACGCACAGCCACGAAUUUCUCGCGGGCAUGUCGGACAAGAAGAUUGUCCAGUACGACGUGCGCGCCCCGCCGACGGAGAUUGUGCAAGAGUACGACCACCACCUCGCUGCUAUCAAUACGAUUGUGUUUGUGGACCAGAACCGGCGCUUCAUGACGACGUCGGACGACAAGUCGCUGCGCGCGUGGGACUACAACAUCCCGGUGCCGAUCAAGUACAUUGCCGAGCCUGACAUGUACCCGAUGACGCGCGCGGCGGCGCACCCGGGCGGCAAGUACGUGGCGUACCAGAGCUCGGACAACCAGAUCCUCGUGUUUGGCGCGACGGACAAGUUCCGGCAGAACAGGAAGAAGAGCUACCGCGGGCACCACAAUGCGGGGCUGGGCAUCGACCUCGACUGCAGCCCGGACGGCCAAUUCCUGGCGUCGGGCGACUCGGCGGGCUACGUCUGCUUCUGGGACUGGAAGACGUGCAAGAUGUACCACAAGAUCAAGGCGGGCCACCAGGCUGUGACGUGCGUCAAGUGGCACCCGCAGGAGACGAGCAAGGUCGUCACGGCGGGCCUGGACGGCGAGAUCAAGUAUUGGGAUUAA